AUGGAAGCUUCCGACCCAACAGAGAACGAUAUCGCCUUUAAUGCCUUUAUCGGUGUACUCGUUUCCGUGUGUGGAAAUGCAUUGAUCUCUGUAGCCUUGAAUGUACAGAAACUAGCACAUAACAAAAUCCAAGAACAGCAAAUGGCAAACUAUUUUGCCAAUAUGGAUGAGCCACCUCGUUGGAUAGCUACUUCGCAAAGUGCGUAUGCGGGAGGUGAAUUCUUUCCUGACGACGGAUAUUCUUCUCCACGCACUUCCGAAGACGUCUCUCGAACAGAGGAAGAAGAGGCUGAACACCGAAAAUUGAUCAUUGCCAUGGCUCAGGAACAGACCAAGAGUGGAGAAUCAGACUACCUGAAAUCUAAAUUAUGGUGGCUGGGUAUCUCUUUAAUGGUUCUUGGAGAAGUUGGAAACUUUGUUGCAUACGGAUUUGCGCCUGCUUCCACAAUUGCACCACUUGGAACUACUACACUAGUUGCCAAUGUAAUUUUGGCUCCCCUUAUGCUGAAGGAGACCUUUAGAGCACGGGAUUUCCUAGGCGUUAUUUUGGCUGUUAUGGGCGCUGCCAUUGUUGUGUUUAGUUCGAAUUCGGAAGAAACGGCGUUUUUGCCAGACAUGAUAAUGGAAGCCUUAACCCAGACACGCGCAUUGGUCUAUUUUAGUUUGACCGGGGCAGCAAUAAUAGCUCUUACAAUCCUGUCUCCAUUGUAUGGUACUCGCAGUAUCAUGAUUGACCUUGGGCUUGUAGCAAUCUAUGGCGGUUACACUGUAUUGUGUACAAAAAGUGUUUCGUCUCUUUUGAGUCUGAGUUUCUUGACAAUGUUCACAUAUCCUGUUUCCUAUAUCCUCAUCGUAACUCUUGUCGUAACUGCAGUGUUACAAAUCAAAUAUCUCAACAAAGCCCUUCAGCGCUUUGAAUCAACUCAAGUUAUACCCACACAGUUUGUGCUUUUCACUAUCUCUGCUAUUAUCGGAAGUGCGGUUCUAUACCAUGAUUUCGAUGGAAUGAGCAUGGAUCAGACAUCUAGGCAAGGAAUGAUAGAUAGAUGUGCAAUUGAAUUCUUAGGAGUGUAUUUCAUUACUUCCAAAAGAGACAAACGGCCGCCAUCUGUUUCUCUUCAGAAUGAUGGUACUACAGGAUUUAGCAAUCCUGUGCCAAGCCAAUCCACCGGAGUUGUAUCUCAGACAAUCCCAGAAGACAACACUGUGUCCAUCUUGAGGGAUCCUCCUCAGCAUGACGGCUUCCCCAGACGCACAGCUGCACAACAGUCGAAUCGUCUUUCUGGAUUGCCGAUCAACGCCGCCCGAGCCAGCGUCAGUUUCCGAACACCUAUCAUGCCAAUGUCACCCGAGGAUCGUCAGACAUCUGCUGCAGCUGCUGCAGCUGCCGCCCGCGGUCACCGGCGCAGAAGCUCGAUGUUCCGUGGUAUCUCGCUUACCUCUCAGCUCGUUGAUCGCAUGAACGAAGAAACAACCAGCAACGCUACAAUCCAACUCCCCAGCUCCCCUACUCGCCAAAACUUUGGUUUCUCGGUGGGUCAUAGGCGCGGCGACUCGACUCUGAGUACUAUCUUGACAGGGUUAGGAAACAUUGCACACGAUGCUCUUCCGGGCCAUUACAAUCACCACCAGCAGCAUCAGCAGCACCAAAAUGAUUUUGAUGCUGAUGCCAUUGAAAUCGAAAUCCCUACUGCUUCUUCCAUCGCCUCUCCUCGACUUAGCUCUGAUGGACGUGAAUUAUUACCACUCUUUGGAACAAAGAGAGAUGACGGGUUAGGGUUAGGGUUAGGAGUAGGAGUAGGAGUAGGAGUAGGAGGAGGAUCAGGGUCCAAGAGAAAUUCGGCACGACUUUUGGAAAUUGAAGAAAGUGCCGAAUAUAGAGACCUAAGUUAA